AUGAAAUUGAAGGAGAACAAACUCACAACAGAUCAAUUUCAAUUUGUCACAGAUGAAGUUAAUGUUGUCGUACGUGAAUGCAUUGAAUCCAUACUCGGUAAUGAAAAAUGGAACGAUGAAAAACAAGAACAAUGGAAUAAUAGGAUAAUGGAAAGCAUUAUGGAAAAAAUGAGUCAAUUUAAAAAACCGUAUAAAUAUAUUGUACAAUGUACGACCGUACAAAGAACGGGUUGUUGUAUUGAUGUUGCUAAUUCUUGUUAUUGGGACCUAGAAACGGACGGAAGUGUAACCGUCAGGUGGGAAAGUCCGGAUAUAUAUGCAAUAGUAUCCGUUUUUGGCAUAUUCGUUUAG